GGAGAAACCUCACGUACCUGGGAUCUCCUGCUACCGUGGGAACCGGUGAAUUUUUAUCUGCAAACACAAACUUGUAUCCUUUGUGUUUUUUUAGUUUCACCCAACUACUUCGUUUGAAGAUGGAAAGUGCAGGCCCAUCGACCCACCAUAUCGUCUCCGAUACCCAAUCGGAAAGCGCAGGACCAUCAUCGACCCACCAUGUCGCCCCCGAUGUUACAUCGGACUCGAUGACCUCCAGAGACUAUUAUGCGGAUUCAUACGCGCAUUUUGGUAUUCACGAGGAAAUGCUCAAGGACACUGUCCGGACAGGAUCAUAUCGUUCUGCGAUCAUCAACAAUGGUCACCUCUUCAAGGGUAAAACAGUCCUAGAUGUUGGAUGUGGAACUGGUAUCUUGAGUAUGUUCGCCGCAAAAGCGGGUGCUUCACAUGUAGUCGGUAUCGACAUGUCGAAUAUUAUCGAUCAAGCUCAAAAGAUUAUAGAAGCAAACGGCUUCAAAGACACAAUUACUCUCGUCAAGGGAAAACUUGAGGAAGCCGAGCUUCCUAUCGAUAAAUUCGAUAUCAUCAUUUCAGAGUGGAUGGGAUAUUUCCUUCUCUACGAAUCUAUGUUAGAUACCGUCUUGCUUGCAAGAGACAAAUACCUCAAACCGGAAGGAUUGAUAUUCCCCGACACAGCAAGAAUCCUUUUUGCUGCCAUUGAAGAUCAAGACUACAAAGAGGAGAAGAUCAACUUCUGGGAUAAUGUGUACGGCUUCGACUACUCGUGUAUCAAAGACAUCGCGCUCCGCGAACCUUUGGUGGAUACCGUUGAACUCAAAGCGGUUGUAACCGAUCCCUAUGUUAUCAAAGAAAUCGACCUCUUGACAGCAACAAAGGAGGACCUGACUUUCACAGCGCCUUUUAGCCUUGUUGCUACACGCGAUGACUAUAUCCAUGCGUUCCUGGCUUGGUUUGACAUAGUCUUCGACUGCACACAUAAGAAAGUCAAGUUUUCAACCGGUCCUCAUGCGCAAUACACGCACUGGAAGCAAACAGUGUUCUAUACCCCCUCGACAAUCACCAUCAAACAAGGGCAGGAAAUUACUGGCGAACUAUCUUGCGCACCGAACGCGCGGAACAACCGUGAUCUUGACAUUUCCAUUUCGUAUGCAGUGGGAGACGAGGAAGAGACAGAAGUAGAAUACAAAAUGUGCGUGAUUUUUUAUUCUUGCCGCAUCUCUUUUCCCCAGUCCGAUUUGUGGUGAUAAUGACUGUACGCUGACCGAUGAUAGGUCUUGAUUGACAAAUGAUUCAUCAACAAUGGCUUUCCGCACUUCAUCGCGCUGUCAUAUACACCCUUCAUAUACCGUCAUUUACCUGCAAUGCGGCAUCUGGAUUCGACAACACAGGUAUUAGCUUGGAUACACUGACA